CCUGGUGCAAGGAGCCCCCUCUGCUCACUCCUGCCUCCUUCCUCAUGGCUCCCGCACACUUCACUCUCUCUUUUCCUUUCCUUCUCCUCCCCCCUCAUUUCUUCUGAGCUCUGCUCAGGCCCUGACUCCUCCUUGGCUUCACAGCACCCACCGGCUGAGACCCCACUUUCAUGGCCAGCCCUGGGAAGCCUGGGGCUGGAGAGGCCCUGGAGGAGGAGGGGCAGGAAGAGGGGGGCUCCAUGGGGCCACGGGCAGCCAUGCUGGCACAGGCCAAGGAGCUGUUUCUGCUGUGUGACAAGGAGGCCAAGGGUUUCAUCACCCGACACGACCUGCAGGGCCUGCAGAGUGACCUGCCCCUCACACCGGAACAGCUAGAGGCUGUGUUCGAAAGUCUGGACCAGGCCCGCACAGGCUUCCUCACGGCCCGAGAGUUCUGCCUUGGCCUGGGGAAGUUUGUGGGGGUGGAGUCGGCCCAGGGCGCACUGCCUUCCCGGGCUUCUGAGGAAACCUUUGAGUCCGGCUGGUCGGAGGUGCAAGGCACCGGGACCUCCCUGGAGGAGGAAGAGGAAGAGGAGAGAUUCUUCGCUGUACUGGAGCAGCUGGGGGUGUCCCGGGUCCUGGGCGAGCAGCGGGCGGUGCGGACUCUCUGGACUCGGCUGCAGCGCGAGAGGCCAGAGUUGCUGGGCUCCUUCGAGGACGUUCUGAUACGUGCGUCAGCCUGCCUGCAGGAGGCGGCCAGAGAGCGGGACCGCCUGGAGCAGGCGCUGCGGCGGCGGGAGAGCGAGCACGACAGGGAGAUACGGUGUCUGUACGAGGAGACGGAGCAGCAGCUUCGCGAGCAACGCCGGCGCCUGCGGAGUCAGGAACUUCCUCGGGAGGAGUGGAGAGGCCACCUGGAGCUGGAGCUGCAGAGCCGCGAGCAGGAGCUGGAACGCGCGGACCUGCGGCAGCGGGAGUUGGAACAGCAGCUGCAGGCCCAGGCCACUGAGCAGCUAGAGGCGCAGGCGCAGAACGCCCAGCUGUGGCUGGCCAACGAUGCUCUGCGGACGCAGUUGGAGGGGGCACAGGAGCAGCUCCGAAGACUGGAGGGCGACGUGCAGGGCCGCCAGCAGCAAACCCAAAGGUCACCGCCUCUUGCCCACAGAGAUGUGGUCUCCGUCGCAAGGAACAUGCAGAAAGAGAAGCUCAGCCUCCUGCGGCAGCUGGAGAUCCUCAGGGAGCUGAACACGCGGCUACGAGAUGAGAGGGACGCCUGUGAGGCCAAGCGGUUGGGCAGUGGCUGCAGGAAGGCUCUGGCCACGGCCCGCCUACCAGGACCCACCUGCUGCUGCUGUUGCUGCUGCUGCAACUGGGCUCGUCCCCCCAGACGUGGCUCGGGCCACCUUCCCAGUGCCCGCUGCUCAGCCCCCAAGUGACUUACUGGGCGUUACCUGGAGAACCUGGCCUCUUGAAGGUUACUCCUCAUGGCUGGGGCUGUCCAUCCAGGAUGUGGGCUCUACUUACUGGGCUGCCGGCCUGCCUGACUGCAGUCAUGAAGGGACUAACCUGAGGGUGGUCAGGGUCUCCUGUGCCCCCCUUCCGGUCCUUAGUCUGUCCCCAUACCAUCAAGCCUAUCCUUGUCCACCAGAAAAGCCCCCCCUCCAAAUAAAGUCCACUGACUGCA